AUGAAGAUGAGGGCGAUCGUCGUGGAAGGAGGGGAGAUGAGCGCGCCGACGCCGAAGCAGGACAAGUGCUGCGAGUACACGCUCGACGGCUCCGUCGACAUCAAGGGCCGGCCGGCGGUCAAGGGGAGAUCGGGAGGAUGGCUUGCCGGUGCUCUAAUCCUUGUGAACCAGGGCCUGGCGACGCUGGCCUUCUUCGGCGUGAACGUGAACCUGGUGCUGUUCCUGACGCGGGUGCUGGGGCAGAGCAAUGGCGACGCCGCCAACAACGUCAGCAAGUGGACGGGCACCGUGUACAUGUUCUCCCUCAUCGGCGCCUUCCUCAGCGACUCCUACUGGGGACGCUACAAGACCUGCGCCAUCUUCCAGGCCAUCUUUGUGCUCGGCCUCGCGCUGCUGUCGGUGUCGUCGCGCCUCUACCUAAUCAGGCCGGACGGGUGCGGCAUGGAGCACGCGCCCUGCGGCCCGCACUCCGGCAAGGAGCUGGGGAUCUUCUACAUCGCGCUCUACAUGAUCGCCUUCGGCAACGGCGGGUACCAGCCCAACAUCGCUACCCUGGGCGCCGACCAGUUCGACGAGGACGACCUCGCCGAGGCGCACUCCAAGGUCUCCUUCUUCAGCUACUUCUACCUCGCGCUCAACCUCGGCUCGCUCUUCUCCAACACCUUCCUCAGCUACCUCGAGGACAAGGGCAGCUGGGCGCUCGGCUUCUGGGCCUCCACCGCCGCCGCCGCCGCCGCGCUCCUGCUUUUCCUCAGCGGGACGCUCCGGAACUGGAAGGCGGGCGCGUCGACCGGAGUGGUUUGCCUGUACGAGGGCGACGAGAAGGCGGAUGCCAGUGGCAGGAAGCUUCUGCACACGCAAGGGUUCAGUUUCUUGGACCGCGCGGCGCACGCGGACACGGACUCCAAGCUCGGCGUCGGCGCGCGCGACCCCUGGAAGCUGUGCACCGUGACACAGGUGGAGGAGGUCAAGAGCAUCCUGAGGCUCCUCCCCAUCUGGCUCUGCACCAUCCUCUACUCCGUCGUCUUCACCCAGAUGGCCUCGCUGUUUGUCGUGCAGGGCGCCGCGAUGCGCCGCACCACCCCGUUCUCCGGCUUCUCCGUCCCGCCCUCCAGCAUGUCGGCCUUCGACAUCCUCACCGUCGCCACCACGAUUUUCCUGUACCGCCGCGCCAUCUGCCCGUUCCUGGCGCGGCUCACUGGCCGCCCGGCCGGCCCCACCGAGCUGCAGAGGAUGGGCCUCGGCCUGGUCGUGGGUGCUCUGGCCAUGGCCACGGCCGGGACGGUCGAGCACUUCCGGAAGGCCAGGGCCGCCGCGGCGAUGAGCAGCGACCUGCAUAUCAUGUGGCAGGUGCCGCAGUACGCGCUGAUCGGCGUGUCGGAGGUGAUGAUGUACGUCGGCCAGCUCGAGUUCUUCAACGGCCAGAUGCCCGACGGGCUCAAAAGCUUCGGGAGCGCGCUCUGCAUGAUGUCCAUGUCGCUCGGCAACUACUUCAGUGACGUCAUCGUGAGCGCGGUCACCAGGCUCACCACAACGCGAGGGCGGUCCGGCUGGAUCCCGGCUGACCUCAACGAGGGCCACCUCGACAAGUUCUACUUCCUGCUCGCCGUGCUGGCCGUCGCGGACUUCGCGGUGUACCUCGUGUGCGCGAGCCGCUACGGGAGCGGCAAGGUGGACGGGAGGAGCAGCGACGACGAGGAGGGAGCGGCAGGUCAGGUCACAUCCCCGCCGGCUUACGCAUGA